GAUUUCGCUUCUCCUUUUCCUUCUCUUUCUCCUUGACUCCUUAAGUCGUCUUAACAGUGAACUCCCAUGGCUACUUGUUGAAAUUUCCAUACUUCUCUCUCACACUCUCUAUCUCUUAAUCUUACUUGUUUCUCUUUCUCUGAAGAGCAUUCAGAGUUUUUCAGGCCGAAGAAGAAUUUUGCAUACCCAUUUCUAUGUUCAGGAAAAAGGUUCCAUUUGGAGAGAAACAUCAAGAACUUCUAGGUUUCAAAAACUAAUAGUGACAUGCUGCCAUCCAUGGUGAAGUGGUUGUGGAUUCCUUUAUUACUUUUACUACAAAGUAACAGAGGAACUGAAGGACUUUCAGAUUAUUUGAUUGGUCUCGGAAGCUAUGACAUCACAGGACCUGCAGCUGAUGUGAACAUGAUGGGUUAUGCUAAUACAGACCAGGCCGCUUCUGGUGUGCACUUCAGGUUGCGAUCUCGGGCAUUUAUCGUGGCAGAGCCCAAGGGAAGUCGGGUACUCUUUGUGAAUCUUGACGCGUGCAUGGGUUCUCAACUUGUUACGAUGAAAGUGCUCGAGAGAUUGAAUGCCAGAUAUGGCAACCUCUAUACGGAAAACAAUGUAGCUAUCAGUGGUAUUCACACCCAUGCUGGUCCUGGUGGUUAUUUGCAAUAUGUUGUUUACAUAGUCACAUCACUUGGAUUUGUUAGACAGUCAUUUGAUGCCCUUGUUGAUGGCAUUGAGCAAAGCAUCAUUCAAGCUCAUAAUAAUCUUCAGCCUGGAUCAAUUUUUAUCAACAAAGGGGAGCUUUUAGAUGCUGGUGUGAACCGGAGUCCUAGUGCUUAUCUGAAUAAUCCUGUAAAAGAACGUAACAAGUACAAGUACGAUGUUGAUAAAGAAAUGACCCUCCUCAAGUUUGUGGAUGAUGAAUGGGGACCAAUAGGGAGCUUCAAUUGGUUUGCAACUCAUGGGACAUCUAUGAGUCGUACUAACUCAUUGAUAAGUGGGGAUAACAAAGGAGCAGCUUCGCGGUUUAUGGAAGACUGGUUUAACAACAAGAAAGGUGUUGACAAUUCUUUCUCUGACAAACUUAAUGCAGAGUCAGCACACCGCAGGGUCUCAGAUAUCACUCCAGCUGUUAGUGAAAAUCGUGAAUUGCUUGAGAUUGCUUCUAUGAUCAAACCAACUUCUGGGAAACAAGUUACGAGGUUACUUAGUGUUGCAAGACGUGUUAGAAGUGCAUUGAGACAGGCUGAGAAGCCUACCUUUGUUUCAGCCUUUUGUCAGUCAAACUGUGGUGAUGUUAGCCCAAAUGUGUUUGGUGCGUUUUGCAUAGACACCGGUUUUCCUUGCGACUUCAACCAUAGUACUUGUGAUGGAAAGAACGAGUUAUGCUAUGGUAGAGGACCAGGAUACCCUGAUGAAUUUGAGAGCACGCGUAUCAUUGGCGAGAGACAAUUCAAAAAAGCUGCCUCAAUCUUCAACAGUGCCUCUGAACAGUUAAGGGGUAAGAUUGAUUACAGGCAUGCCUACAUAGACUUCUCCAAGCUUAAUGUAACUAUCUCCAAGAAGGAGGGAGUAAACGAUGUAGUUCGAACAUGUCCUGCUGCAAUGGGGUUUGGGUUUGCAGCAGGAACUACUGAUGGACCGGGGGCAUUUGACUUUAGACAAGGGGAUGACAAAGGGAAUCCAUUUUGGAGGUUGAUCCGUAAUUUACUAAAGAAACCAGGAAAGGAACAAGUUGAAUGUCAAUCUCCUAAACCUAUUCUUCUUGAUAUCGGUGAAAUGAGGAUUCCUUAUGAUUGGGCGCCAUCAAUCCUUCCCAUUCAGAUCAUACGGAUUGGUCAGUUUCUCAUUCUUUGUGUACCUGGAGAGUUCACAACAAUGGCAGGGAGGCGUCUCCGUGAAGCUGUAAAGACAGUUCUUAUAAACCAAGGGCACGGAGAGUUUGACAGUAGCACGCAUAUUGUCAUAGCUGGUUUAACAAACACUUAUUCUCAAUACGUCACAACGUUUGAGGAGUACCAGGUCCAGAGAUACGAGGGGGCAUCGACGCUUUAUGGUGCGCAUACCCUGAGCGCGUACAUCCAAGAGUUCGAGAAACUAGCAGUGGCUCUAAUAAGUGGCCAAGCAGUGAUAGCAGGCCCACAACCACCAGACCUACUGAACAAGCAAAUAAGCUUGCUAACCCCUGUCCUGGUGGAUGGAACUCCUUCAGGGGUGAAUUUCGGAGAUGUGAGCGAAGAUGUACCUUUCAACUCAACCUUCAGGAGAGGAGACAAGGUGACAGUAGUUUUCUGGUCAGGAAGCCCAAGAAACGAUCUCAUGACAGAAGGAACAUUCGCCCUUGUGGAGCAUCUCCAAGGAAAGGAUACAUGGGUCCCAGCUUAUGAUGACGACGAUUUCUGUCUGCGGUUUAAGUGGUCCAGGCCUUUCAGACUCAGUUCAAGGAGCCACGCCACAAUAGAAUGGAGGAUACCUGAAUCAGCUGUUUCAGGUGUUUACAGAAUCUCCCAUUUUGGUGCUGCCAAGGCUCUUUUCGGGGCUGUCAAGCAUUUCACUGGUUCAUCCAGUGCUUUUGUUGUUGUGUAGACAAAUAAAACUUCAAACUUGUUUGUAUUUAAUAUAUAUAUAUAUAUGUCUAUCAUUGAUGAUUUUCAGGCUGAUUGAAUGAAGCCUUCUUGUAUUGUAAUUGUGUACCACUGCCAAUCAACUUAUGGAUCUUUUUCAACAGCUUAAUUUAGCUGUUCUUCCUCUUCA